UGACCUCCAGUUCUGUUUAAGCGUUCAGACAGAUGACCUCGUACAAGAUCUCUUUGGCCUCAUGUUUGUGGAGAUCAGUGUUGUCUUGGAUGGACUCUGUCACCUAAAACCAGGAGAUGCACCAAACCCAGAUGUUCCACUCCCUGUCGUAAAGGAGCUGUGUGUCGGUAUGCCAACACCUGUGUGUGCAGACGAGGUUACCGUGGUAACAGAUGCCAGUUCUCCAUGGCUACCCCCUCACCCCCACCUGGCACCAACACCUCCACCAGAAGCAGCAGCUUGCCUGUCCCGUCUGGAGCUGGACCAGAAGCUUCAGAUCUGGAUCUGUCUCCUGCUCAUGAGGACAGUUUGGGAGUUCAACUUUUACACAUAAAGCAGGAGAACCGAGUCUCCUCGGGAAGUCUGAGCUUGAUCCGGGCAGAUCCAGAGCCAGUUCUUCUGGAGUCUAGUCCAGGAACUCAAGCAGAGGAAACCCUGGAGCUGAAGUCUAGUCCAGGGCUGAAGGAGGAUGGAGGUCUGACAGGAGGGAAGAGGAGGCUGCUGAAGCAGAUGCCAAGUCUGAGGGAGGCUCAGUCGAUGCUUCUGAGGAAGAUUUUAUCACCUGGAGGAAGAGGAGGCAACAUGACCACCCUGCUGAUGAAACACAUUACAAAGGAGAAGAGGAAGCUUCACACCCCAACCUCUUCCUCUAACUCUUCAUCCUCCUCCUCCUCAUCAAUUAAAACCAGCCUGAAGACUACCCACACUCGGAGGGUCCUCUGUCCUCUGCUCUGCAAGAACGGCGGCGUCUGUCUCCAGAGGGACCAUUGUCUCUGUCCCUCAAACUUCACUGGAAAGUUCUGCCACAUCCCAGUCGCUCCUGCGGCCGCCACAUCUGGCCCCGCCUCCCAGUCCUCCACCAAUGAGAUCGUCAAACCAGUGCUCCUCUCUGCCCAGGCAGCCAAUCAGGGGCUGACCCAGUCUGAGUUCCUGCUGCCGCUGGGACAGAACCAGGAAGAGCCGCGACCCGGAGCUCCUGGCUCCCCCAUGGUGAAGGUCAGAGUGCAGCACCCCCUGGAGGCCAGUGUGAAGAUCCACCAGGUGAUGAAGGUGUCCGGAUCCAGUCCCGCUCUGCGGACCCUUCCCUCCUCCACAGGAUCAGCGGGGGCUCCGGCUCCGGCUCCGGUUCUGGUUCCAGCACCUGGCAGCGGGGUCCAGGCCCAGACGGUGAGGGGGGUCGGGACCUACACCCAGUAUUCUGGAUUCAAGUACUGCUUCAGAGAGGUGAAGGAUGGACAGUGCAGCUCUCCGCUUCCUGGACUGAGGAGCCGGGAAAUGUGCUGCAGAGGGAUCGGGAAGGCGUGGGGCCUGACCGACUGCGUCCUCUGUCCUGAAAACACAGGUCAGAGCAACAGCAGCUGUCCCGUUGGGUUUGAUCGAGCCAAUGGAACGCAGUGUGUUGAUGUGAAUGAGUGCCUCCAGCCGGGGCUGUGUGAGAACGGGAUCUGUGUGAACACCAGGGGCAGCUUUAGCUGUGUGUGUCAGGUGGGGUACAUCCUUGACGCCACACAUGGGAUCUGCAUCUCCCACAAUGUGAUAUCAGAGGACAAGGGUCAGUGUUACCGGGUCCUGGAGUCGGGUCUGGGUCCGUCCUCCUGCUCUAUGCCCAUCGUGCGGAACAUCACCAAGCAGAUCUGUUGCUGUAGUCGAGUCGGCAAAGCCUGGGGACCUGACUGCCAGAGGUGUCCUUACUUUGGUUCAGUUGCCUUUAAGGAGAUCUGUCCAGCUGGUCCAGGUUAUUAUUACUCAGCUUCAACUCUGCAGUUCAGUCAGAGAGUUCCUGAUCAGGUGGGGGGCCAAGGACUCCUGCCCACAGCCCAGGACAACACAGGUCCUGAAUCUGGGUCCAGAAACAGAGGAGCUUCCACGUCCCAGAAAAAACCCUCCUCUGGAUCAGGGAUCCCCAGUGCUACAUCAACUAGUACCAGAACUAGUCCAUCUCAGGCCGAGGUCCGACCUCAGCCUCAGCCUCGUCCAGGUGUCAGCUCUGCCGCCUACAGGCCUGUUCAUCCUGCUGCAUCUGCCACCACAACCAUCCAAGGCAGACCGGCAACCCAGCAAAACCGUCCAGGUUCUGGCCUGUCUCUCCCAAUACAACCGAGACCUCAGCCUCCGUCCACUGAUGGUAACACGGGUGGUCGGCCCUCCACAGGGUCUAGACCUGAUCAGCCAGCAACUCGAGGAGAUUCCUUCUCAGCUCUGGUUCAGCCUCAGAACCCAGAGGGAGGGUCCAGAUCCAGAGGAGAGCUCACUCCCCUGCAGAACCGACCAACUGCGAGCCCAACCACCCGACCCAACAGAGUCCUGGCAGUACGGGGUGUGUGUGAGAGCCGACCAGGUGUGUGUGGGCGUGGCAGCUGUGUGGAUCAGCCAGGUGGUAAACACACCUGUGUGUGUGAUCUGGGAUACCAGCUAAACUCUCAGCGCACAUUCUGCAACGAUGUGAAUGAGUGUGUGCAGUCUCCAGGUGUGUGUUUGGUUGGAGAGUGUGUGAACACAGCUGGGAGCUACAGGUGUGUUUGUCCACCUGGAUACAGAAGCAACAACGAGCAGAGCAGCUGUGAAGAUGUGGACGAGUGUGUGGAUCCUCUGCAGUGUCCGGGUCAGGAGUGCAUCAACUCUCCGGGUUCGUACCGCUGUGUGUCCUGCCAGCCGGGAUAUGGGCUGCUCAACGGGGUCUGCACAGACAUCGAUGAGUGUCGUCAGGCUCCGUGCUCCAACGGUCGCUGUGAAAACACACCUGGAAGCUUCCGCUGUGUCUGUCGCCAUGGUUACAAGCUCCAGAACUACACCUGUACAGAUGUAGAUGAGUGUGCUGAGCCGUCUCAAUGUCCUGGACAGAUGUGUGUGAACUCUGUGGGAUCCUACAGGUGUGUGUCGUGUCGUCCAGGAUACACACUGGUCAACAGGAAGUGCACAGAUGUUGAUGAGUGUGUGAGCGGCAGGGCGUGUGAAGCAGACCGGCUGUGUGUGAACACGAUUGGCUCGUUCAGGUGCGAAUGUCUGCCCGGCUAUCGGACCUCCGGCCUGGGGAGGCAGUGCAGAGACAUAAACGAGUGUUUGGAGGGCAACUUCUGCUUCUCCAGAGGAGAGUGUAUGAACACACCUGGAUCCUACAUGUGUGUGUGUUCACGGGGUUUCACACUGAGCGACAACAGGACGGCCUGCAUCGAUAUAGAUGAGUGUGUGAAGUUGGGUGUGUGUUCAGACGGUCGCUGCGUGAACACUGAAGGCUCCUUCCAGUGUGAGUGCAAAACCGGCUUCACCGCCAACCCUGAGAAGACCGCCUGUCUCGAUGUUGACGAGUGUGUCUCCUCUGGUGGUUCGGUUUGUGGGUCGCAGCGAUGCGAGAACACGAUUGGUUCAUAUCGCUGCCUCGCUUCAUGUGAGCCUGGCUUUAAGGUGACCCCCGACGGCAGCUGUGCAGAUGAGGAUGAGUGUGUGUCCCUGCCGGGUGUGUGCGGUUCGGCUCACUGUGAGAAUGUCAGGGGAAGCUUCAGAUGUAAAUGUGACAGAGCCGGAGAGGAGUUCGAGACCGGAACCCGACGGUGUGUCAGCACUGCACCGCCAGCUGGAGAGAAGAUGUCUAUCAACCACCACCCCUCUUCUCCUGCCUCAUCUCCUUCCUCCUCCUUCCAUGUCAGCAUGGUGGAGCUGCCCCCAGUGCCGGCCCCUCUCCCCGCAGCCCGUCCUGGUGAGCUGAGGGAGUGUUACUACAACCUGGCUGAUCAGGGGACCUGCAACCUCCUGGCCACCAACACCAGCCAGCAGGAGUGCUGCUGCACAGUGGGGGAGGGCUGGGGGCUGGGUUGCCAGUACCACACCUGUCCUCCUGUGGACACAGCCGAGUUUCUGUCUCUGUGUCCGAGUGGGAUAGGAUACAUCACCGCAGGACCGGGAGCCUUUAGCUACAGAGAUGUGGAUGAGUGCAAGCGUUUUCAGCCAGAGGUGUGUAAGAACGGAGUGUGUGUCAACAACAUCCCUGGAUACAGCUGCUACUGCUCCAGCGGAUAUGUUUACAACAGAACGCUGCUGGAGUGUGUGGAUCAUGACGAGUGUGAGGAGGAGAGCUGUGUAGGAGGAGUUUGUGUCAACACGGUUGGUUCGUAUUACUGUAGCUGUACUCCUCCUCUGGUGCUGGAUGAUACUCAGAGAAACUGUGUCAACUCCUCCCUCCUCACCGUGGAUGAAAACUUGUCGGUGUGCUGGCAGCAUGUCAGUGCAGACCUGCUGUGUCAGAGUCCUCUACUCGGAGCUCAGGUCACCUUCAUCGACUGCUGUUGUUUGUUCGGGGAGGGCUGGGGGAUGGGCUGUGCCCUCUGUCCCUCCACCGACUCUGAAGUCUACGUCAACCUGUGCAGCUCGUUUUCUUCUUCAGUGUUCCCGGAGAGCUUUCCGGACUCGAGAUUGAGACCAGGACCAGGACCAGGACCAGGACGAGGGGCUCUUCCAUACAGUCCGGACUUCUUCCCUCCUCCGCUGGUUCCCAGCAGAGACCUCAGUCCCACCGACUACGAUGAUUAUUCUCCUGCAGGAGGCAGCAGGUCCGGCUUUAGAGGGAGGACACCGGCCUCCUUCAGCCAGCCGGAUGGACCCUAUGGAGGGUCUGAGUACAGUAACAGCUACUACUCUGAAGGAGACUACGGCUCCCCUGAUGUCUCCCCAGCCAGGACUCCCUCCUUCCGUCUACCCCCAGACCCGCGAUCUGAGAUCACAUACGGAGCCCGGCCUUUUCCUCCUUCCCAGCCCGAGCUGCCUCCUCUCAGCCUGGCUCCACUGCCCGGAUCUCCCUACGAGGACCAGGAGGAGGAGGAGGAGGAGGACAGGACGUGGAGGCCGGGCCCUCCAUUUCCCCCCUUCACCGACAGGAGCAGAGUAGGAGGAGGAGCACCGAGGAGGGUUUAUGAGAGGCCUUACGAGUCGUACGGCGGCCUGAGUGCCGCAGAGGAUUGUGGGAUUCUGCACGGCUGUGAGAACGGCAGGUGCAUCCGUGUUAUGGAGGGUUACACCUGCGACUGUUACCAAGGAUACGAGCUGGACAUGACCUCUAUGACCUGUGUUGAUAUAAACGAGUGUGAGGACAGCAUCAGCGUGGAGUUUCCAUGCGUGAACGCUCGCUGCGUGAACACUGCCGGCUCGUUCCGAUGCGUCUGCAGGAGAGGAUACGUCCUGUCCCGCAGACAAAAUUACUGUGUCGCUGCUUAGACCAGACGGACUGGACUGGGCUGAGAUCCAUUAGACCAGUACAUAGACUGGACCGCACAGUGGCACGCUAAACUGGCUUCAUUACUGGACCACAUAUGAUAAACUAAACUUAACCAGGUAAAAGAUGUACUGGACUAAAAUACUCUAUUGUCUUUGAUUGCACUAAACUGGGCAAGGCUAGACUGGGUUACCUUCCACAGCUUCUAUCCCCACCAGCUGAAAUAAAAAAGUUCAACAUGCACAUCUAUAAAUCAUGUCCUCUUAUGAGACACUUUAGUUUUGCCAGUUUUCUGCCCACUUGUGCUUGUUUUUUCUGGAACUGGGCAGCUACAUUUUGUAUUUUGGCUAUUUUUCAGGAAGCGUGUUAGUUGGGUUAGCAAUGGUUACAAGAAACGAUGGUAAUUUGGUUAUUUAGAUGUAGUUUUCUGCUGAUUAACACAAUCAUCAGCUGUUGGAGCCUAAUUUCUUCAGCUCAUUGUAUCAGUAAAAUUUAAAAAUGCAAAAAAUCAAAUUUUUUCAAGUUAAACAUCCUUUAGAAAGAGGUGAUAAUUCAAACCUGGGAAAGACGUUAGAGAAUUACGGCCUGUUAUGGCCCUUUCCCACUAGUACACACUUAGCCCUACCUUACCUACCGACACCACACCACCCUGGUUUCGAUUGUUCCCAUUACAACAGAGGGCAGCUGAGUCUACUUUCAGUGUGGGCGGGGUCAUCUUAUCAAGGCGGCUAGUAAGUAUUGUAAAGUCAUUUGUUUCGAGUUGUGCCCAGCUCGCUUUGAAUUUUUUCGUCGGCUAACAAACACAAAAAGGUCUUCACCUCUGUGUCGGACCAUGGGGACUGUUUUUAAAACAUCAUCUCUGCUGCUGCCGCCGCCAGUGUUGUUAUCCUCAGUCGCAGCUUCAGGGUGUAAAGAUGGCAGGGUCAGGAGUUGCUCUCAUGACUCCUCCCAUGAUGUCAAAUUCUAGCCAACAGUGGUCUGCUAUCUCGACACGUCACAAUUUUUAGCCCAGCUUCACACCUUCAGAAACCCGACGGAGUAUAAAAAGCUAAAAAUGUAUCUACUAGUCCUGGGAAAAUCCUGAUGGGAACACCUAGAAAUCGGGAGGGGUGGUGUUGGUACUAGUGUGAAAGGGCCAUAAGUGUUUCAGAUCAGGCUGUAAACGCUGAUGCAGUAUGCAGUGUAAUCCAGCAGAGGGCGCUCUGGUAACUGUUUGACAUACUACAUACCCUGUUGACCUCUCAGUUAAAUAAGCUAACGUUGCCAUGAAAAUGGAACAAACAAGCAAAGA